GACACAUCGAUAGGCGGUAGUUGAACUUUUUGAAGGGUCAUAUUUAGACUGUAUCUAUAUUCAUGCAGUAAAACUUAAAAACAAAGAAAAAUGUCUUCUUGUGGAGCUCAGAUUGCUGUGAUGAAAAUGUUACCAAUUGAUGGAGAAUGGCCGGCUUGACCUUUUCUGUUGGCGCAACAUGCGAAGCCUCGUGGAAUUUCCGAAGCGCGAUCGAGUUUGGACUUUUUCACGGAACCCUGAAUUCGAGGCACUUUUUCUGAAUCGUAGAAGAGCAAGGGUCAUCCACGAUGCCUCGUGGGUGGCGGAUGGCCGCCUGCAUCUGGGUCCUCCUGGCUGAUUUUCUGGUCCACGUUCUCACCGAGUUCUACAUCCAGUUCAGGGUGGAUCAGAAUAAGUCUCUCGUCGGAAAAAUCCUGGGUAAUGAUUACUACGAUCGUCCUGAAUGGCGAAUAUACUCUUGCCGGGAUUCCGAGGAUCGUGGAAAUCGUGGAGAUCGUGGAGAUGGUGAAGAUCGUAGAGAUCGUGGAGACAAGCGCCGAGCAUCCCUUAGUAGUACUGCGGUUGUCCAAUGCAUGCGGUUUACUUUCAGCUUUCCAAAAUUCAUCGACCGAUUUAAUUUUUACUCGGAAAAUACUUUCUACGCAACACACCGGGCUCUGGACAGCGACAAAGGUCACUUCGAGUUUUCGGACAUGAAGUGGGACGAACUACCAGCUGAGUUGUGGGUCGGAUCUGAACAUGUGGUCGAAGUCCCUCAGCUUGACUGCAGGCCGGAAAAGCUGGAGUUUUACAGGAAAAAGACGCAAGAUUGGUUGUCUAUCAUCUCAGACAAGGCAGUGCAAGAGAACCUGGUCGGCUAUCUGGCCACCCCGGAUCUCAGUUGGGCUUUCGGAAGGCCGAACGUCACCGCCGCCUACAUCCGCGCCUACGUAGCUUAUCUAGGCGUAGUUGUUACGGAGUACGAUGUCUACAUGCUCGUUAAAGAUCGACCAAUGAAAAUGCCGGAUGUUUCAUUGGACUGGAGGGGACCAGCUUGGCUCGACUGGAAACUUUUAAAGCCCGCAAAGAAAGUGUACAGCUUGUACCGGAAGAAAACAGAUAAGAUGCAUGGGUUAUGGCUGUUGGAUCCGUUGCUCGAGUCGCGGCUCCGCAAAAUGAUCCCCGUUCUGAUGAGCAAGAUGAUCGACCCGUGUUUCCUGCAGGACGUCGCCAGCUUCUUCCCGAACAAAGUCGUGUUCAGGGAUGAGCAGUUUCUCGGUCGACCGGAGGAUAUGCUCUGCGCCGUCUUCUGCCGCUUCUCGCACGCCGUCGCCAACCUCUACCAAGACUCUGCUUCCAAGAUCUGCUACUUUAUGGACGCCGGCAACAAACUACACGGCGGACAGUGCCGUGGAGACAAGUGCUACUGCCUUCGGAAAACCACUUCUUACCGUCUCUCCUUCUCGCUUCGCUACUGUGUCAACGUGUUCAACAUGCAGCAGUACAAUGAGACGCAUGCCUGCCGUCCAAUAAUCUGAUUGUGGACUGACUUGGACUACAUUUUGCAGAAAGGAACCACAAUUAUGGACGUAUUUCUAUCAAACGGAACUAAGCGCCAAUUUGAGUUCCUUUUGAGGAAUUUAGAAUCCCGGAUAGCGCGUUCU